CCAUGGAGCCUGGGGCCACAGGCCACAGGGGACAAGGGCCAGACACCCCGGCCAUGGCUCCAGGCCAUUGAUCCAGCCCAGGCCGGCCAGGCGGGGGUUGGGAGACCUUGGCCUAGACAAACAGAGGCUCCUGAGGCCUGCGUGCAGGCCCUGCACCUACCUGCCACUCCCAAAGGAUGCCCAUGGCUGAAGCCCCCCAAGUGGCUGGCGGGCAGAGCGAUGGAGGUGAUGGUGAGGAAGCAGAGCCAGAGAGGGUAUUCAAGGCCCCCGAGGACACCAAGAGAAAAGCCCAGAACUACCUCCGCCUGGCGCCCCUGUGGCUGGCCCUGAUCGUGCUGGUGUCAGUGGGAGUGCUGCUCUGGUACUUCCUAGGGUACAAGGCAGAGGUCACAGUCAGCCAGGUGUACGCUGGCAGCCUCCGCGUGCUCAAUCGCCACUUCUCCCAGGAUUUCGCCCACCGGGAGUCCAGUGCCUUUCGCAGCGAAACUGCCAAAGCCCAGAAGAUGCUCAAGGAGCUCCUUGCCAGCACCCGCCUGGGAACUUACUACAACUCCAGCUCUGUCUACGCCUUGGGGGAGGGACCCCUCACCUGCUUCUUCUGGUUCAUUCUCCAAAUCCCCGAGCACCGCCGGCCAAUGCUGGGCCCCGAGGUGGUGCAGGCGCUGCUGGUGGAGGAGCUGCUGUCCACGGCCAACAGCUCGGCCCCUGCCCGCUACAGGGCUGAGUACGAGGUGGACCCUGAGGGCCUGGUCAUCCUGGAAGCCAGCGUGAAAGAUAUAGUUGCACUGAAUUCCACGCUGGGCUGUUAUCGAUACAGCUAUGUGAGCCUGGGCCAGGUCCUCCGGCUGAAGGGUCCCGACCAACUGGCCUCCAGCUGCCUGUGGCACCUGCAGGGCCCCAAGGAUCUCAUGCUUAAACUCCGGCUGGAGUGGACACUGGCUGAGUGCCGGGACCGCUUGGCGAUGUUUGAUGCAGCUGGACCCCUGGAGAGGAGGCUCAUCACCUCGGUCUACGGCUGCAGCCGCCAGGAGCCCGUGGUGGAGGUCCUGGCAUCGGGUGCCAUCAUGGCGGUGGUCUGGAAGAAGGGCCUACAUAGCUACUAUGACCCCUUUGUGCUCUCUGUACAGCCCGUGGCCUUCCGGGGCUGUGAGGUGAACUUGACGUUGGAGGGCCGGCUGGAGCCACAGGGUGUCCUCAGCACCCCAUACUUCCCCAGCUACUACUCACCCAGCACCCACUGCUCUUGGCACCUCACGGUCCCCUCCCUGGACUAUGGCUUGGCCCUCUGGUUUGAUGCCUAUGCACUACGGAGACAGAAAUAUGACUUACCGUGUACCCAGGGCCAGUGGACAAUCCAGAACAGGAGGCUGUGUGGCCUCCGCACCCUGCAGCCCUAUGCUGAGAGGAUCCCCGUGGUGGCCACGGCUGGCAUCACCAUCAACUUCACCUCCCAGAUCUCCCUCACCGGGCCUGGCGUGCAGGUGCACUACGGCUUGUACAACCAGUCGGACCCCUGCCCUGGAGAGUUCCUCUGCUCUGUGAAUGGACUCUGUGUCCCUGCCUGUGACGGGAUCAAGGACUGCCCCAAUGGCCUGGAUGAGAGAAACUGCGUUUGCAGAGCCACAUUCCAGUGCCGAGAGGACAGCACGUGCAUCUCAUUGUCCCGGGUCUGUGACGGGCGUUCUGAUUGUUUCAAUGGCAGCGAUGAGCAGCAGUGCCAGGAAGGGGUGCCCUGUGGGACAUUCACCUUCCAGUGUGAGGACCAAAGCUGUGUGAAGAAGCCAAACCCCCAGUGUGAUGGGCAGCCCGACUGCAGGGAUGGCUCUGAUGAGCAGCAAUGUGAUUGUGGCCUCCAGGGCCCCUCCACCCGCAUCGUGGGUGGGGCUGUGUCCUCCGAGGGUGAAUGGCCAUGGCAGGCCAGCCUCCAGGUCCGGGGUCGACACAUCUGUGGGGGGGCCCUCAUCGCUGACCGCUGGGUGAUAACAGCUGCCCACUGCUUCCAGGAGGACAGCAUGGCCUCCCCGACACUGUGGACCGUGUUCCUGGGCAAGGUGUGGCAGAGCUCGCGCUGGCCUGGCGAGGUGUCCUUCAAGGUGAGCCGCCUGCUCCUGCACCCGUACCACGAAGAGGACAGCCACGACUACGACGUGGCGCUGCUGCAGCUCGACCACCCCGUGGUGCGCUCGGCCGCCGUCCGCCCCGUCUGCCUGCCCGCACGUUCUCACUUCUUUGAGCCCGGCCUGCACUGCUGGAUCACGGGCUGGGGCGCCCUGCGCGAGGGCGGCCCCACCAGCAAUGCGCUACAGAAGGUGGAUGUGCAGUUGAUCCCGCAGGACUUGUGCAGUGAAGCCUACCGCUAUCAGGUGACACCUCGAAUGCUAUGUGCCGGCUACCUCAAGGGCAAGAAGGAUGCUUGCCAGGGUGACUCGGGUGGCCCAUUGGUGUGUAAGGCACCCAGUGGCCGCUGGUUCCUGGCGGGACUGGUCAGCUGGGGCCUAGGCUGCGGUCGACCCAACUACUUUGGCGUCUACACCCGCAUCACAGGUGUGAUCAGCUGGAUCCAGCAGGCACUCACCUGAGGAGCUGCCUCUGCAGAGCUGGGGCCUAUCUGCUGGACUCAGAGCCCAGGGCACGCACCAGACAUGGGCAGGCAGGCCCUAUGGAGGCAGGAGGUGGCAUCCUGCCCUCAACCCACUCCCUAAUGUUUGCCAGUGAUGGCAGGAGGAAGGAGCAAGGCCCUCCACUGGUGGUCAAAACGACCCCCUGGAACCAGGCCCACCAGGCCCAGCUGAAGGGGUUCACAUCCAGCCCUUUGUCUCCCAAUUCUCUCUCCUCCGUCCCAUUCCUGGUUCAGCAGCAAUAAUGCUGGCUUCCAGGUUCUCAGCAGGGUGUCUGAUGAGAAGCCUCUCCCCAGUGCAGAGGCUGCUGGGGCAGCCUUGGCUCAGGAGAGCAGAUUCCAGCCUGUGAAACCCCAGGUCUAACUUGGGAGGUGGGAGUGGAAGGUGCUCCAUAGGAGGGGCCCUCAGAGCCCCGGAGACUGCCAGGUUGGCCAGUGUCUGUAAGCCAAAGGGUGGGGAAGCCCCGGCUCCAGGGUGUUUGCCCUACCCCUUCCUGCCAGCCGGGCUUUCACUGUCCAGACCCUCUCCUGGCAGUGAGAUGAGCUCAGCUGCCCUAUGAAAUAAAGAUGCCUGACCCAA